CUCCAAAUAUCGGCCGGACGAGACCGACCGCCCAAACUAGAGACAACAUCUUGUGCACAAGAUCUUGUUUACAAAGACAACAAAUACCUAACGCGACGGUACAUCGGCCAUUACAGUGUCUGGACACCAACAAACCACAACCACAACAACAAUGUCAUCAGCAACCCCCUCCCCCGGCCCCAGCUCCUCCUCUGCCCAUGGGCACCACAAACGACACUCCAUCCUUCCCGCCGUCUCCCAAUCCGGCCCCAAGCCCCCCGUGCAAUUCUCCUCGUCCUGCACCAUCGCCGACAGCGCCCUCCUCACGGGCGCGCACACCAUCAUCGUCAGCACCGAGAGCGUGAUCCACCCGCGCGCGCGGCUCGAGUCUUUGGGCGGUCGCGUCACGGUCGGCCGGCGCUGCAUCGUGCACGAGCGCGCUUGCUUGGGGGCAGCCGACCUGCAGGGGAGGUAUCACAAGGGGAGUCCGGACAAGGAAGGGCGCUCGAUGGGCGCGGUGACGCUGGGCGAUUAUGUGACGGUCGAGGUGGGCGCGCAGGUUGAGAGCGGCGGGACGGUGAUUGGGGAGGGCACGACGGUGGGCAUUGGGACGAGGGUUGGGGCGGGGGCUGUUGUUGGGAAGCAUUGCACCCUGACCGCCAACAGCACCGUUGCAGCAGGUGAGGCUAUUCCAGACUACACGGUAAUCUACUCGAACGGCCUACGGAGAGUCGACAGAAGAGGAGUGUCGGAUCUGAAGAACAAAGCACAAGCUCGCCAAAUCGAUGUCCUCAGGCGAAUGAUACCCAGCAACCCGGCAAAAUUCCAAUGAUACCCAGGUUACUUGCUCCCUGAUGUGCUGGUAAUGAGUUCACGUGCGGUGUCAUGUUGCC